GGCCCCGAUCUUAUCUCUAGUAUGUAAGAAACAUGUGCAUCAUUUAUUUAGACUUGGUGGUGAACUGGUGGUGAUGAUGAAAAGCGAGGAGCUUUGGACUCACCAAUGUACCCAAAUUGCCAAACCAUGAGACGACCAUUUCUCCUUCUCCACCUCUCCAUCCUACUAAGUUGCUGCUGCUUCAUCCUCCCGUGGCUUCCCUCCUCUGCCUCACAGCCAGUGAAGUACCUUCCAGGCUUCGACGGCCAGUUGCCUUUCUAUUUCGAGACUGGGUAUGUGGGCGUGGGAGAAUCGGAGGAUGUGCAGCUCUUCUACUACUUGGUCAAGUCGCAGGGAAAACCUGAAACGGACCCUCUUGUGCUGUGGCUCACCGGCGGCCCUGGCUGCUCUGCCUUGUCUGGCCUCUUCCAUGAAAUCGGUCCGGUCCAUUUCCGGCUGGAGGAAUACAAUGGGAGUUUGCCUUCCUUGAUCAUUAAUCCCCACGCAUGGACACAGGUCGCGAGUAUCGUUUUCGUGGAUCAUCCUGUUCAAACGGGAUUCUCCUAUGCAAGAACUGAGGCUGCCACUCUAUCGAGUGACAGCACGGAAAUCGACCAAGGUGUAGAAUUUCUCAGGAAGUGGCUGAAAGAUCGUGAACAGUUCAAGUCGAACCCGGUGUACAUCGGUGGUGACUCCUACGCUGGCAUUCUUAUCCCUGGCGUAGCUCUCCGAAUCGCCAAUGAGAAUGAACAAGGAAUGGAACCAGUGAUCAGUCUCAUGGGUUAUUUGGUUGGUAACGGUGUGACAAAUGCAACCAUCGCACAUAACUCCAAGAUCAAAUUUGCUCAUGGAAUGGCCUUGAUUCCGGAUGAGCUCUACGAGUCGUUGACAAGAAGUUGCCAUGGAGAAUACUACAACGUAGAUCCUGCCAACUCCGAGUGCCUCAAACACGUACGAGUUUUCGAAAAGUGCAUAUCAGGACUCGAACAAUCGCAGAUCUUGUUACCCCAUUGCGUUUAUGCUUCACCCAGGCCGACGAUGAUGGUACGAAGAAGAUCAAGGUCUCUUCAAGAGUCGUUGGAACUGGAGGCAGAGCCACUUCCCACACUUGGCUGUCCUACUUUUGCAUAUCUACUGUCCAAGUACUGGGCCAAUGAUGAAGCCGUCCAGAGUGCUCUCCACGUUAGAAAGGGGACAAUAGGGACAUGGGAGAGAUGCAGUUCGAGGUUGCGUUACACGUAUGAUAUCCCUAGCAGUACCGAGUUUCAUCUGCAGCUAGCUAGAAAGGGCUACCGCUCCUUAAUCUACAGUGGGGAUCAUGACAUGAUCGUGUCGUACGUGGGGACCCUGGAAUAGAUACGAAGUCUGAAUUUUAGGAUAGUCGAGGAAUGGAGACAUUGGUUGCUUAACAACCAGGUUGCUGGGACUUAUUCUGAUCCAAGAUACUUCAAUCUCAUGACAUUUGCAACCAUCAAGGGUGCAGGCCACACGGCUCCCGAAAACAAGCCCUCUGAAUGUUUUGCCAUGUUUCGACGCUGGAUUACAGGCGAACCACUCUAAUGGUGGCAGCUUCCCUGGACUGGAGAUUGAUCAAGUCUUGAUUCAUGAUCUGGCUUGUUUUCUCCUCUUCUUUCCUUUGUCUACCUCCAUGUUUUCCCUUGCAGAUCUUGGGAUUUCGGAGAUGGAGCCCUUGGCGAGGGCACGGUCUAGAGAGCUUUGAAAGCAGAAGAUUUCUUCUCUCUGGCUUCUUCAUCGGUCGUCGGUAGUUCUGAUGGGUUCCCCCGUAUUUGGACGGUGGAAGCUGAUGGCGAUUGGCUCGGGGCGGGUUGCAUGGGAGGCCCUCUUCCUCUCCCUGUCAGUUCGGGUUUGGUGGAUUCUCCUACCGUUUUGACGAGAGUUGGCGGUGGCUGGUGGGGGUCGACGCGGCUGUCGAUUUCAAGGGGUGGUGGAGAGUUGGCUGCGGCGAUGGAGGAGUCCAGAGGGAAACGGACGGUCAGCUAGGGUUGAUGGGGUUUUGACAAUGUUUGGGUUCUUGGACCGAGCCCUAUUGGGUAUCCAGUUCUUUUUUGGGCCUUUUUGUCUUGAUUCUGUUUACUCUUGUUUCCAUUUGUAUCUUUACCGGUUGGGCUUGGCCCAUUUUGCAAUCUUAAUGAACUCAUUUAAAAAAAAA